AAUGCUAACGUUGAACUGUUAACGAUGUUGAACGCACAGCUUACACUUGCAUGCCAGUAACAGUCGUGAUAGCAGCCGUAGUGCCAGUAGUUAACACGCUGUACCAGCCCUGUGGCAGGCGCUGUUCUGAGUGCUGGGCUGGUAUUAGCUGAUUUAAGUCUCAUAGCAGGCCGGUGAGUGGGGCGGGGGCAUUGUUCUCACCCACCCUCCAAGGCCAGCAGUCACUCAGCUCAGCUGGGCCCUGUCCUCGUCUAACUACAGAGUUUGUGCUCCUGGCCACAGAGCCAUUCUGCUUCCAAACAGUGUUGUUUCUCCAGCCCUGGAGAGUGUUGGGGGCUUUGUGUAAGGUAAGGCCCCUGGGCCACAGUUUUAACUUGGUGAGUUUUUUAAGACGGUGCACUUGCUUGAGUCUCUGAAAGGCUGGGGCUCAGUGUAAAUGGGAGAGGAUGUCACCUGCCUUUCCCUGGCAACAGUUUCCUCACCGUCUGUUUCUGCCCAUGGAACUUGGAGUCCCCCUAAGAUCACCUCCUGAGGCCGUGAGGCUACAGGCCCUGCCUCUCUAUGGACGAGGGUGAGUCUUCACCACAGGGGCUGUGCCCACUCUUUGGGCUCUUGACCCUUGGGUCCCUCGUUGGAACACUGACCACUUGGGGAGGUGUGGGGCCACAUACAGGGCCUGCUUCUCGAGAAGAGAGCGAGUUGGAGGCGAGCUUGCGCUCGCUCUGUAGGCAGCAGUUCUGGACUUGCUAGAAGGUGAGCGCAUGAGGAACUGUCCCUUCUGUGUGCUGUCCGCGGGUAGCGACUCACUCUGGACGUGGGCACAGGAGUGUCCACGCAACCUGCCACAGUCCUGGGUCCUGUGGAGCUCCUACCCCUCGAGAGGGACCGUGGUGAGGAGGUGCACGGCCCUGACCUUCACGGCCUCUGAGGAGAAGAUCCUGGUGGCGGACAAGUCUGGCGAUGUGUAUUCCUUCUCGGUGCUGGAGCCGCACGGGGGCGGCAGGCUUGAACUCGGACACCUGUCGAUGCUGCUGGAUGUGGCUGUGAGUCCCGACGACCGCUUUGUCCUCACCGCUGACCGGGAUGAGAAGAUCCGGGUGAGCUGGGCCGCAGCUCCGCACAGCAUCGAGUCCUUCUGCCUUGGGCACACCGAGUUCGUGAGCCGCAUCUUCGUGGUGCCCAACCACCCCGAGCUGCUCUUGUCGUCCUCCGGGGACUGCACUCUGAGGCUCUGGGAGUACCGAAGUGGCCGCGAGUUACACUGUUGUCCCCUGACCAGCCUGCAGGAGCCCACGGAGCCCUGGAGUGACAAGAGGUUUGCCGUGUCCAGGAUCACUUACUGGAGCCAGGAGGACUGCGUGGCGCUCUCAUGUGACGGGCUGCCUGUGGUCUACAUCUUCCAGCUGGAUGCUGCCCAGCAACAGCUGGUUCCAAGGCAGCUGCUGACUUUCCAGCACCGGGUGUGGGACGCCGCCUUUGAGGAGGGCCGCGGGCUGUGGGUCCUGCAAGACUGCCGGGAGGACCCUCUUGUCCUCUACAGGCCUGUGAGCGGCCAGUGGCAGUCUGUUCCUGAAAGUGCCGAGUUAAAGAGGGUCUGUGCUCACGUUCGCAUGAACUGGGCCAUGUUGGAAGGCUGUGCCGGUGUGGACAGUGGCUUCAGCAGCCUCUACAAGGCCACCUGUGACAACAUGACCCCUUACCUGAAGAAGAAGGAGGAGCGGCUGCAGCAGCAGCUGGAGAAGAAGCGGCGCCAGGCCCCGCCGCCCGGGCCCAACGGGCCGACCAAGAAGAUGAGGGCAGGGGAGUCGGCGCAGGGCUGCUCGUCCUAGCACUCGGGGUGCCCCUCGGGGAGGCACAGUGCUGCCCUCUCCCCUCCCACUCGCAGCUCCCUGACUUGGGCUGGGCGGCGGCGAGGUCCAUCCCGGCUCAGCGGACCCCUGGGGCCGUGCCAGACAGCUGGACGGGACCAUGGACCCUAGAACUUUCUGUCCCCAAAGCUGUGCCGCGGGGUCAGCGUCACUGGAGAUGCUGUGUGAGAGUAGUAAGUACACCCAGCACCUCCCUUCCCCUUGGAGGGUGACCGCUGUGGGCCUGGCGCUCGUCCUUCCUGCUCGUCCCGCAGCACAGCAGGCUUCCUGUCCAGAUCCUGGAGGCCGACGUCUUUCCAGCAGUGCAGUGGAUACCCACGCUGUUCUCCGCUUGCCUUCUGGACGGUCUGCCGUGCUCCCCGGCAGGCAGACGUGUGCCCCAUGGGCUGUUAGCCCAAGAGGAGUAAAUACUGGCUGCCGGUGCUCAGGCCCCGUGGAGCGAGGAGAGCUCGUUGCCAAUGUUGGUGGAGACAGACCCGUUCACGGACGUGUGAGAACUGGGGUGCCCUGGAUGGACACUCACUCACUCCGCAGGGAGGUGACUAGUGACGUGUAUGUUUGAUUUUGAUCUGGACUUUGUGCACGUGCAGCAGAGCAGGAAAGCCAGCUGUGUGCUAAUUCCUGAUCAAUAAAGAUGAGUUUUUCUGCAGCUUCUGGAAAAUUGAGCAGCAACACAUGGAACUGAUUUCAAAAUAUAUUGAGCAGAACCGUG